AUGGCAGCCAGGAAUGAGAUGCAGUUUGAAAAGUUAAUUGAUGAAGCUACAAGAAAAAAAAAUUUCCAAUUAUUAGAACAAUUUCUGGCAACAGAAGACUCUGAAAAUGUCUCUCACAAAUGCAGCAAACAGUUUGUCAACAAAUUAGACAAGCUUCUCUGUCGGGAACUUGACAAACAAGAAGUCAAAAGCAUUUCCACUUUACUAAAUUCUAUUCAGAAAUGUGGGGAAAAAAUCAGCAUAGCAGGAGAAGAUGGGCUUCCAGCGAUGAUAAAAUAUGGUCUUAUUGGAAGGAUGGUUAAUUGGUUUGAAAAGGUAAAAGGAAUUUUGAUCCUCGGAGGAAAUGAAAAGAAUGAAAUGCUUUUAAGUCUGGCUGAAGAUUUCUUCAACGUAUUGCUGGCUAUAUGUGAUAGCAGACCUGAAGGUAAAAUGCAAAUACUAGAAAACUUUGUUCUGAGAACAUGCACUCUCAUCGCUGAUGUAAGAAUUAGUAUUGGAGGUGCAAAUAAGAAACAUAACCCUUUAACAACUGAUGUUCACAGUAAAGCCAGUGUAGUAAGAAAACUUAAUUUAAUGCUUGAUAACACGCCUCGAGAUGCCAGGAAAAAGAUAUUUUCUACAAAGGAAAUGUUGCUUGUCAUGAGUGACAUGGGGAGGAGAAUUUUGGAUGCUGGAGACUAUGACCUGCAAGUAGCCAUUACGGAAGCUUUAUGCAGAAUGAUAUCUGAGAAACAAAGAGGAGAACUGGCGUACCAGUGGUUUUCCAUGGAGUUUGUGUCCAAUGCAUUUAAAGGAAUUAAAGAUUCUGAGUUUGAAACAGAUUGCAGAAAAUUUCUUAACCAGGUGAAUGGCAUGCUUGGAGACAAAAGAAGGGUUUUUACAUAUCCGUGCUUAUCAGCAGCUCUUGAUAAAUAUGAGCUACAGAUACCAUUGGAUGAAAAUCUUGAAGAAUUUUGGAUCGAUUUCAACGUUGGUAGCAGAAGUAUAUCUUUCUAUGUGGCAGCAGAUGAUGCAGAUCAUCAGUGGGAAACAGUCAUUAUCCCAGAAGAAGAGGUAGACCUGUACAGCCUUGAAGAAAAAGAUUCAAAGAAAUUAUUAACAAUAGAUCUAAAAAGCCCAAUGAAUGUGGGUAAUCAAGAAGGAGAGAAAUUUUUUUUAUAUUUUGAUUCUAUCUUGGAAAUCAAAGACGUAAUCAGAAAGAUUUAUGGAUUUAGUAAAUGUAAGGUUCUGGUACCAGAAAGUCAGUUGUCACCGUGUUUGGAAGAAAAAUCUGAAGAAGAGGAGAAACUCAGUAAGUACAAAACCCAGCAACUUCCUGGAACUUUGAGGACUCUGAAUAAAAAUAACAAUCAAGAAAAAUGCAGAGGUGGUUCUUCCAAGAUAACUACAUCUUGUAAAAGGAAAGUGUCUGAAGCAUCCGUGCUUAUUCCUGGAAGUACAAGAUUUUCCACAAGGAGUCCACUGGCAUUUGCUAGCGCAUCCACUCCUUGUAAAGGACGAUUUAAAUUACCUUUGGAAAUGAUGAGCUCUGCUGAAAGGUCUAACAAUAAUGCAAUAAAUGAGACCAGAACAAAGAAUUUCUAUCAAGAACCUGCUGAAAGUGGGCAAAGAUGUACGCUAGACAAUGAAUUUUGUGGAACAGAACAGAAGAUCAGGAGGUCAAAUAUCAGAAAUGAGGCAAAACUACCUGAAAAGCGAAUGUGUGCUGAAGAAGUUUUAGAAAUGAUACAAGAGGCAGAAAUUGAGGCCACACAAAAGCAAACUUUAGAUGAAGCAUUAGAUAUUGUUCCUGAUUCUCAGCCAGUAGGGAGAAGCAACAAGCCUUUGCUGCCUGGUCUUUUGGAGAGUUCUUUUGAUAAAACCAAAACAUGGAAGAAAAGAGCAUGCUCUGUUCCUGAGAAGAAUAUAACAACGGGUGACAAGCAAAAGUUAAAUCCAUCAUUGGCACAUACGUCCCAUCCAGGUGUUAGUGAAAGAACUGUGAAACAAAAAGCUUUUUAUUCAGUUUUUAGAAGUAUCUCUCCAGAUAAACAGACAUUAAAAAAGAGAAGAAAACAAGAAAAUUAAAUUGAUACCAUGAGGGAAGAAAACUACAAAAGACUCAGUGGACAGUCAGAGUGUAAUCAUUUGGAACAGAAACUGUUAAGUACAGAAGGGAAGAAUAUUGAAACUACUACUGAAACAUAAUUUAAAACAUUUCUUUCAGCUAGAGUGUCUGAAACAUCUCUGCGUUCUGAUUUUACAAGAGAGGAAUCUGAUGUCCUCUUUAGAAAAGAGACUGCAAACCCAAAACAAUCAAAGACGAAAACAAAGUCUAAAGAAAUGACAGAUGCAACAAAAUCACUAAUUACUAAAAUCAGUGACAGAUAUAAAGUAAAGACUGAUGAGAAAAGCAAAGCAAGAGUCUCCUUGGGUUCUAACAGGCUACAUUUAAAUAAAUCCUGUGUCUCUAAGGAAGAAGUUCAGGAUAGAAACCUGAAAACCACUACUCUUCUUAAUAUAACUGCUGGUCGUGUUAUGGAUGAUGUCUACAACUUUAACAUCAGUGGGUUUGAUGAGCCUACAAUAAAGCUUGGAACUAGAAACAAUCAAAACAAGAAGCAUCUCUUUAGUGACACAGACACAGAAUACAGAGGUGAUGACAGCAAGACAGACGUUAGUUGGCUACAAGAAUCGAAUAGAAAAUCUAAAGUCCAGAUAAUUGAUUACAGUAGAAAUAAAAACUUAGGGAAACCAAUAAGCACAGACAAAAAUAAAUUCUCUGAACCUGCUUGCCACGUGGAUAAACCUAAAGGCAAAAAUGCAAAUAAGAAAAAGAUAAAUGAAUGUAAAAAACAGAAUUCAAGAACUGAUGAAACGAUGGAACAAACCACCAGACAAAAACGACCUCGAAGAGCAGCAUUAGCAAAAAAUUACAAAGAGCCUUCCAGUUCAGAGUCAGAAAGUGAAAGGAAAUCUUCAGCAUGCACCUCUAAGGAGGAGAAAUCAAAAAUAAAGAAAUAUAUGAAUAGAGAAAACAAGGAUGAUAAUCAGCAAAAGGAACCCCAGAAUAUUGUAUCUAUGGAGCCAAAGAGUGUAGCUAACUAUGUACAUAAAGCAUUUAUUAAAUCAAAGAAUUCUGCAGAACAAAAGGAAAUUGAAAUGCCUUCAUCUGAGAGUCCUGCAUCUCUUGAGACAAUGAGAUGUGCUGAACGAAUAUCAGAAGGAGAUGUUACUCAAGAGCAUACUUAUAGUGAAAUAUCACCUGAUCUUCAGGAGUCAACACUAGAAAAAAGGGAAAUGUUAAACUUUGAGAAAGGAAUCUCUCCCAAUAAUUUCUGUCCACAAAAAAAUAUUCCAAGUAUAUCUCCAAAUCAGUCCCCUGAGACAACUGUUAAAAAGUUAACAUUUGGAAAUAGAAGUUUCUCACCAGUUUUAACUGAAGCAUCUUUGCUCAGCUUAACGACAUAUAAAACUGUCAGUGGAAAAUGUGCAAAGGGAUCCAUAUCUGAAACACAUGAUAAUAAUGAGGAUUCAAGUUUCAGACAUUGCUUUUCAGACACACUUUCUAUUAAAGGAAGACUACAAGAUAUGACUAAACCUAUCAUCCAAAGUAAAGAAGAGGAUUGUGUACCACCAUCUCCAUUGUCUGUUUCCAGUGGAAGUAAAGUACAGUCUUGGAGUGAAGAACCUUAUGGCCCCAUACAUAAGUCGGGACCGACUAUACAGACAUUUCUCAAACGAAGGUACCACAGUGAUACAGAAAGCAAUUCUGAUGAAGUAGAAACAAGCAAAGAGGAGGAAAAGAAAGGAAACAGAAGAACAAAGUUACAGCCUAGAAAAUUAUUUAAAACAGAUGACGCUGUUACUUACAGGGUGUCUGAAAGUAUAUCUACUGUAUCUGUAAAAGAUCUGUCUGUUAUGGAUGGGGAAAUCUGGGAACCUGGUUGUUCAACUAUCAGUAUAUGUCAGAAGCUCCAAAAAGAAUUUACUAAGAAAAUCGAGAGCCGCUCACGGAAAAUGGAUCAUUUUACUAAGCAAUCAUUAAGAGCUGCCCAUGAGCAUUUGACAACAAUGAGUUACCAGCUUCAUGAAUGCAGGAUCAGGCAGCUGGACAAAUUUCAUUUUGCUCUCCUUGAGGAACUUGAGAAUUUUGAAAAAGAUUCUCAGUCCCUGAAAAACUUGGAAAAAGAAUUCUCGACCUUUUGGAAAAAACAUACACAUACUUUCAGUACAUACAUGAAAAACGAGCAACAGAGAAUUCAGAUUCUUAAAACUUCAUUUGAAAAGAACAUCUACCAUACUGUUGACUAUGAAGAACAUAUUUUUACUUCAGAGAUGCAUCUGAUGAAAGAAGACAUAAAAGGACUCCAAGAGAAACUUCUUAAAGAAAUGCAAGAAGAGGAACUGUGUAAUGUUCGCAGAGGAUUGCAGACGUUGUUUCAAUCAGAAGAUAGACUUCUGAAGUAA